AUGGACUUUCAGAGUAGGCAGUACGCGGGGGUGCAUCACUUGACGCAGUGGAAGUACGCGACACCUUACGCGAAUGUCGAUAGUGGGUAUGGCUCCGACGAGUUCGCCCACGAAUCCCCCAGAUACACGUCGCCAGGCGCCGGCGCCGGCUACUACAUCGGGCCCGAGGGCGGCGGCGGCGGCCCGAGCCCGGCGGGCGGCGAAUGGCCACCCCACGCGUACCCCUACCAGACGUACGAGGCGUACGGCCUCAUUCCCGAGGUGGAGCCCGGCCAGGGGCUGCCGCCCAUGUCGUCGCUGAGGCCGGGCGGCACACCUACAACCACCACCGCCAACGCUGCUGCUGCGACGAUGCUGGGUGCGCCGCCCUUCGUGGCGGCCGGUCAUCAGGAUGGGGUGGCGGUCAACAAGGGUUUGGCGGGUAUAUAUCCAGCAGCUGAACAGGCGAGCGCCAGCAGCUACAGCUCGGCCCCAUCCACACCGGUCAGCUCGCCACCCCCGAUAGCACCUACAGGGUGGUUGACAAACCACAGCACUCCGCAUUCGCCGCACUACACGCAAGCCGUCACUGUAAAUAAUACCGUCGCUCCUCAGGGAUUACACAUGCCUGCACCUGAAGCGCAACGUUUAGAUGAUGCUAUUGGCUUCUUAAGGGAACAUGCUGUUGAGGCAACGGGCACCCGCAUGGAAGAACGCCUGGACGACGCCAUCAACGUGCUGCGGAACCACGCGGAACCGCUCGGGCUGGCUGGGCAGCUGCCGGGCGGCCUCUCGGCGCAUCAGAUGCAGCAGCUCGGGUACGCUGCGCCGCCCGUUCCGCCCGACCACCACCUGCCCGAUACCGUCAAGACCGAGGGGCGGACGACGUACAACACAAAAAAACGCAAAGAACCUCCAGAUAGUGACACCAAACCAUCCAGCUCUGUUGAAAGUAUAAGUCAGCCUAACUCAACUAGUGGGAACCCACCAAAAGCUAGUAAACGCUCAAGAAGAUAUUGUUCCAGUGCUGACGAAACAGAAGAGGGUGAUUUAGAUCCAGUUAUGAAGGCACAAAGGGAAAAAGAGAGGCGACAGGCUAAUAAUGCCAGGGAAAGGAUACGUAUUCGUGAUAUAAAUGAAGCUCUCAAAGAACUUGGAAGAAUGUGUAUGGCACAUUUAAAAACGGACAAACCACAGACGAAACUGGGUAUAUUGAAUAUGGCUGUAGAAGUUAUCAUGACUUUGGAACAGCAAGUUAGAGAGAGGAAUCUGAACCCGAAAGCUGCUUGUUUGAAACGACGGGAAGAAGAGAAGGCAGAAGAUGGGCCUAAAUUAGGUCCAGGACCGCCACAUCACAUGCUCUCUGCCCCCCAUUACCCCUCACUACCAGGGCCACCUACCAAUUUGCCUCACAAUCCAGGUCAGCCGCAAUAG